CCGCAUGUACAGCGAUGGUCCUCCUCCGUGUAGAACAGCGUUCUGUAGUGUGAAGGUGUUCUUCUGCAGCAGAGGAACCCAGAGGAACCCAGCAGUGCCAGAACCGAUUCAGCGAUGGAGUGCAGAACUUCUACAAAGUACUCAGCAGUAAAAGAAGAGCCUAUAAGAACUGCGUUAUUCAGACAGGAGCCGAGCGGUAUAACAUACAGAAUCCCAGCGCUGAUCUACAUCAACGAGGGUCAAACCUUCCUCGCUUUUGCUGAGAAGCGCCGCACAUCACGAGACUGUGAUGCACAGAUUCUGGUCAUGAGACAAGGAACCCACCAGAAUGGAUCCAUCCAGUGGUCACCUGCUCAAGAGCUCACCACAGCAUCCCUGCCGGAUCAUCGCACUAUGAAUCCAUGCCCCGUCUACGAGAGGAAAUCUCAGACCCUCUAUUUGUUCUUCGUCUGCAUAUUAGGUAACACCACUGAGCAACACCAGAUCUGCUCUGGUAAGAACAAAGCUCGUUUGUGUUACGUGACCAGCAAAGACCAGGGACAGAGCUGGAGUAAAGCCACAGAUUUGACGGAAAGCGUGAUCGGAGACGAGAUCGGCAGGUGGGCUACAUUUGCUGUGGGACCUGGGCACGGAGUUCAGAUGAGGAGUGGGAGACUUAUUGUUCCAGCUUAUGUCUAUUACAUUCAUUACAGAUGCUUCCCUUUUCAUUUCCCGCUGCGUGUGCGGCCCCACGCUUUGGCGUUCUUCAGCGAUGACUGUGGAAGCACGUGGCAGAUGGGUGUAAGAGUAGACGUGAGCUCUUGCGAGUGUGAAAUGGCCGAGAUCGUCGACCAGGAGAAUAGGAGUUAUCUGUACUGCAACGCACGAAGCAGUGAAGGCCACAGAAUAGAGGCCAUCAGUAAGAACAGUGGAGAUGUUUUUCAUAGCCCUCACUUUGCUCGGAAACUGGUAGAGCCCCACCAUGGCUGCCAGGGCAGUGUGUUGAGUUUCACUCCAGCUCAGCUCCCCAAAGAGGAAGAGAAGAACUGCACAACAUCAAAUGCAAAAACCUGGCUCAUUUAUUCUCAUCCAACCAACAGGAGGACGAGGAAAGCUCUUGGAGUGUAUCUGAACAGCUCUCCCUUCAGCGACUCUGGCUGGAGUCAACCGUGGAUCAUCCAUCACGGUCCCAGCGGGUACUCUGAUCUCACGCAGUGUGGAGGACCAGAACGCUUUGCUUGCCUCAUGGAGUGUGGAGAUAAGAGUGAGCUGGAGGAAAUAGCCUUUGUGGAGUUUUCUCUCAGUGACCUGAAACAUCUGAUGUGAGAGAAAAUAUAGUACCAAGUGUUUAAGCACCCAUCACAGCACAAAUCAGUGAUUUCAGAUCAGCUCAAGAGCAGCAGAGUGUAAUGGAAUAAUGGAGUUUCAUGGAAUGGGUUUCCAUGGUCAAGCAGCUCCACCCAAGCCUUAUAUCACCAAAGGCACUGCAAAGCAUCGGAUGGACUCUAGAACAGAGGAAAAGUGUUUUCUGGAGUGACGAAUCAUGCUUUUCUGUCUUGCAAUCCAAUGGGCAAGUCUGGGCAUGGUGGUUUCCAGGAAAUUGGCCAUUGUCUAAAAGCCAAUUGUAAAAUUUGGUAGAGGGGGGAUUAUGUGUAGGGUUGUUUUUCAGUAAAAGAGACUCUUAAUGCCUCAGCAUACCAAGAGAUUUUGGACAAUUUUAUUCUCCCAACAUUGCUGAAACAGUUUUGGGGAUGACCCCUUCCUGUUCCAACAUGACUGUGAACCAGUGCACAAAGCAAAGAAUGAGCAAAAAAAAAAAAAAAAAAAGACAUGGAUGAGCAAGUUCGGUGUGGGAAAACCAAGAGAACAGCUUUGGGAUGAAUUAGAGUGGAGACUGUGAGCCAGGUCUUCUCAUCCAACAUCAGUGUCUGAUCUCACAAAUAUGCUUUUGGAAGUAUGGUGGUCAAAAUCACCAUACACACACUCCUAAACCUUGUGGAAAACCUUUUCAGACGAGUUAAAGCUGUUUUAGCUGUAACAAGUGGGAAAAUAGCAUAUUAAACCCUAUGGAUAAAGAAUGGGAUGUCACUCAAGUUCAUACGCAUGUAGAGGCAGACAAGUGAAUACUCUUGCCAAUAUACUGUAUAUUUCAUUCAAAACAUAAUAGAGCAGUAAUAUAACUGGUUAUGCUCUGCCAUCACAUUUUUAGGAAGAAUAACUGGACUGCUCAUGUGCACAUUUUAAUCAUUUUAAACACAAUUUUUUAAAGAUUAAUUUUAAGCAUGUUUACAAUUAAUAUGCCAAAGACGUGCUUGUAAAGAAUUCAAAGAGAUAAUAAAUACUUUUUUUUUUUAAA